AUGCCACACCUGGUCAUUAUAAUCAAAGAUUCUCUUGCCAAUGACUACACCCAAUUGAUCAGCAAAGUACUUCUUGACAUAACCCUGUCCAUAGACAAGAUUGAUAUUUAUAUCAUAAACGAAAUCACCAACUCCAAUGACUUGAACGCAAUAUUGUUCCAUUACUACUCCAUUGCCAGGAAAUUGUCUAUUGUGAAAGGGUAUGACUAUAGGUUCGAUAUUAAUGUCAUUUUCAACAUUGAUUCUCCCUUGUGUUUAUUCAAGCUCAUCCAGACAUGGAACAUGGCCUUUGUGGCAACUAACGAGACCGGAUUAUUGAAGCUUCAUGAUAUACCAAUUGUUCCUGUAUCAGUAGAGCUAACACCGGUGACAUAUCCUACUACAGACAGACAAUCAAAAGAGCGAGGACAGUUUGAUGUUGCCGCCGUUGGUGGAACUUUUGACCAUAUUCACGACGGACACAAGAUCCUUCUCUCGGUUUCCGCCUUCCUUACGAAACGCAAGUUAAUUAUCGGUAUAACGGGUAAUGAACUCUUGAAAAAUAAAAAAUAUCAUGAAGUGUUACAACCAUUUGCUGAACGUCAAGCUUCAGUUCAGACGUUCUUAAACUUGAUUGUGGCUUCGCGUCAUAUUCAAUUUGAGCUAUACGAAAUUAAUGAUGUGUGUGGUCCAACAGGUUAUGUAAGAGACAUAAAUUGUUUGAUUCUCAGCGAUGAAACUUUGUCUGGUGGCGAUUAUGUUAACGACUACCGUAAAUCUCGUGGUUUCAAAGAAUUGGAAACGGUGAUAAUCCAAGUCAUUGGUAAUGGAGAUGACAAAGAAAACAAUAACGACUACGCCACUUGGAAGUUAAGCUCUACAGAUAUCAGACAACAAGAAGCUAAAAGACUUCAGUUAUAA